AUGGCUCUGAGGCUGUGGGCGAGCUCAGCUGCCAAUGCCCUCAAGAUUUCAAGCAGCGGCGCCAGGGCUGCUGCCCCGGCCUAUUCGAUCUCCAGAUACUUCUCCACUGUUAUUGAUGGCUUGAAGUACACUUCCUCCCACGAGUGGGUCAAGAACGACGGCUCCGUGGCCACGAUUGGCAUCAGUGACCACGCCCAGGGCCAUCUCGGGGAGGUGGUGUUCGUGGAGCUGCCGGAGGCCGGCACGAAGGUGAGCCAGGGCGGAGCCUUCGGCAACGUGGAGAGUGUGAAGGCCACCAGCGACGUCAACUCGCCCAUCUCCGGCGAGGUCGUCGAGGUCAACUCAAAGCUGUCCGAGACCCCCGGCCUUAUCAACUCGAGCCCGUACGAGGAGGGGUGGAUGAUCAAGGUGAAGCCGAGCAGCCCGGCGGAGCUGGAGGGCCUGCUGGACUCGGCCAAGUACACCAAGCACUGCGAGGAGGAGGACGCCCACUAG